UUUGGGAACUGCGGGAAGAGAUGCUACCAAAGCCGAGGUAGCAACGUUAAGCGAGAAAGAAAACUUCUUGCACGACUUACGUGCCCCGGUGGGUUCAGUACUGCGAUAGAUCUUGAUCAGAUCGAAUGGUGCUUCGGUGUUGGAGGCGCGAGUGGAUCACAGUCGGGAAUUUCGGAUAACCAGUAGCCCAAUGCCUUUGAGGGCAAGUAGGUCAGGAAAAUUAUCGAUCGUGAAGCUCACUUGGUGAAGAUCAGUGGUAAUUCUGUGCAAUUAAGGGAAACUGAAAAAUUGCAGCCCUUCUGAAAAUGAACGCAAACAUAUGUGUGAUAUUUCUGGUGAUAUUUUCGAUCAGUGGAAGUGCGUAUACGACCCAACGGUCGAAUCUACACGAUGAUGACGGCAGUCCGUUCCUUGAUAUGGCAUCGGAGUUCCUGCAAUCGUUGGGGAAUCAAAAUGGAGGUGGUAAUAAUGCGGCAGCUGGAUUGUCGGGUAUCGCUUCCAUGUUACUUCCUCUAAUGGCUAAUGCUAAUUCAGGUGGCCCCGGAAAAUCGAACGAUGGUAUGGGAGCGGUUCUGUCCGGAAUCGGUAGUCUGUUGGCGAAUGCAAACGGUGGAAAUGCUGGUGGUGGCGGCGGAUUUGAUCCUGCUCUAAUUGGGAAUGUGAUCCAAAUGUUUGCUGGUGGAAAUGAGGAACAACCGACCCAGAAACGGGCUGGUAAGCGACAGAAGCGACAAAAGGCGGAAGAAGGAAAUCCCAUCCUGGACACUGUUUUGACGGUGGCGCAAGCUUGGCUAGCUAACCAGAACACCGUUGAUGGCACAGAUGAUAAGGAACCGCAGCAUCCCGGAAUCAACGGUGAUACGAUUGCAAAUUUGCUCCCUCUCGCAGUUCAAGCCAUUCAAGCUUUUAGCGGUCCCGAAAUGCAGAAAACGCAGGAAAAACACAAGGAUCACUCGUGGGUACUGCCUCCUUUCCUGGAGCACAUACACGUCAUGUGGGACCAGUUCACUCAGUCUGAACUGUUCGAAGCAAUCUGGACUAAGGUUGGCCUAGAUAAAGUUUUCAAGGGAUUCGUCGGCCGCGACAGCAAACUGGAGUACGAUAGGCUGUUCGAUACAUUACAAAACCAGUCUUUCCGGCGCCGGUGGAUUAAGGCCGCGACGAUCUACCUUGCCGAUUGGGCCAAUUAUAUCGCCAAUCCAGAAGUAUACCAGAGAUACGUGGCCACCGGACAACUGAUGGCCAACGGAUUCCUCCAGUCCAGGGGCUAUCCCAAACAAACGAUGCUGGAUAUCAACCGUCCCAGUGAGACCAUUUCAAAUCUGAUCGAUUACACGGCCAAAAAGCACCUGCAGGUGAAAAUAUCGUCCGUGACCUACGUGAAACCGGCGGUCAACUACGUCAAAGAUUUGCUCAAACUGGGAAAGGCGAAACAAAUUUUGCAACAGUACAACGCAACAGAACUGACGGAUAAGCUGACGGAUACGCUCAAUCUGGAGGUGAUUGAACCGGUGCUGAAAGUUCAUCGCGCCUACCGGCAAGCAAUCCAAACACCUCACUGUGAUAAAUACAUUCUGUGUGAGAUUAACUCGCACGAUCCAAACGAGAAACUCGGACUCGGAGGCUUCAAGCGAGGCGUAACCAAGUUUGGCAGUAUGGCUGCCUCCUGGUUCAUCAGCCAGGAAACACAUACACCUUUCUGGACGCUAUUUGCCAUCAUUAACGAUCCCCACAACUGUCAGGCCAAACAUCCGGUUGACUGUUCGGAAUUCCACGAGAACGAAAGUAAGGUAACCACAGAAUACCCCCACAAUGAACUGUAAUCCGUUGAAGGCUGCCUCCUGGGAAGAAUGCUUGUUGUUUAAAAAAAUAAAACAUAAAAAAGUGAUUGUUGACAGAAAAAGGUCGAAAAUCUGGUGAUCCACCGAGGUAUCUUGACUCAUGCUCGAUAGCGGAACUGAACAGUUUGAAAUUUACAUUUGAUUAUUACGAAUAAGUAAGAUCUAGGUUAGCAAACAAGACGGAUGAGCACGAAUCAUAGGUGCAGAGCAGUUACGCUGUGCGAAACAUGAUUGAAGAAGAACUUGAAAACGUGUUAUCAUAUGCUAGUGGUUAGUUAUUCUCAUAGGUAAAUAAAUAUUAUUAUACUAUUACAAGGUAUCAAUCGUGCAUUUCCCUAUUGAAUGUAAAUUUCAAACCGGUAUUGUAGGGCGUUCGGAUGAGCUCGUGGAAAUCACAUCCAAAAAUAUGAGAAACCCAAUAAAAAUGAACCAAUUAAAAACCA